GCUGCAGUUCAGACAAAUCUGUGUUUCGAUCUGAAGAAAAUUCAUCUGCUCUUUCUCAACAUCUGACUCAAAUACUGGUGAGUACAGCUGAUAAUAUUUACUGUGUUUCAACAAUCAGCAUAAAAACUUAGAGCUUCAGUCCAACAGGAAGUUCCACUCUUUCCACUUCACACUGACUCAGCAUGUUUCUUUAGAAGUUCAAUAACUCAUCAAUAAUCAAUAAAUCUCUACUUCAACUGUGUUUUUCUCUCUCUUAUUCUCUUGUUGUCAGUGUGUAGACAUGUCUUCUGCCAGCUGUCUACUAUAUGAUGAUCAGUUUGUGUGUUCCUUCUGUCUGGGAAUGUUUACUGAUCCAGUCACUACAUCAUGUGGACACAACUUCUGUGAAGAAUGUAUCAAUGAACACUGGGAUAUUGCUGAUGGAUAUAAGUGUUUCCUGUGUAAUAAAAUGUUUUGGACGACACCUGAACUAAAAAUCAACACUUUCAUCCGUGAGAUGGUUGCUCAGUUCAAACAUGAAGCUCAACACAGAAUGAAGACAGAAGAUAAAAUUCAGCAGAUGAUCCAGAAGAGACGACUGAAGAUUGAGCAGAUGAAAAAGUCAGUGAAGAUGAUUAAAGUUGCUGCAGACAGACAGAAAGCAGAAGGUGUCCAGAUCUUCACUGCUCUGAAGGAGUCUGUGGAGAGAGGCCUGGACCAGCUAAUAAAGGAGAUCGAAGACAAACAGAAAACAACAGAGAAACAGGCUGAAGGUUUCAUCAAAGAUCUGGAACAGGAAGUCGCUGAGCUGAUGAUGAGGAGCUCUGAGGUAAAGCAGCUCUCACGCUCUGAAGACCACCUCCACCUCCUCCAAAGCUCCUCCUCCCUGAAAGCUGCUCCACCCACCAAGGACUGGACAGAGGUCAGCAUCCGUCCACCAUCAUAUGAGGGGACUCUGAUGAGAGCUGUGACUCAGCUGGAGGAGAAACUCAGUAAAGACAUGAAGAAGCUUCUUUCUGAAGCUGAGUUGAAGAGGGUCCAGCAGUAUGCAGUGGAUGUGACUCUAGAUCCUGAUACAGCACAUCCUCACCUCAUCCUGUCUGAUGAUGGAAAACAAGUUCACUGUGGUGACGUGAUGAAGAAUCUUCCAGACAACCCAGAGAGAUUUUCUAAAUACGGUCUUGUUUUAGGAAAGCAGAGUGUCUCUUCAGGUAGAUUGUACUUCCAGGUUCAGGUUAAAGGAAAGACUGAAUGGGAUCUAGGAGUGGCCAGAGAGUCAAUCAACAGAAAGGGAAGCAUCACAGUGAAACCUCAGAAUGGUUUCUGGACUAUUUGUUUGAGAAACGGAAAUGAGUAUGAUGCUAAUGCUGGUCCUCCAGUGCGUCUCUCUCUUUGGUCUCAUCCUGAGAAGGUGGGGGUGUUUGUGGAUUAUGAGGAGGGUCUGGUUUCCUUUCAUGAUGUAGAUACUGCAGCCCUUAUCUACUCCUUUACUGGCUGCCACUUCAAUGACAAACUUUACCCAUACUUCAGUCCUAGUCCGAACUAUGGUGGCAAGAACUCUGCACCUCUGAUCAUCUGUCCUGUCAAUCAAACUGUCUGAUCUAUUUAAUGAUGAAGCCUUGAGAUCAAUGAAUGAACUCAUUAAUCUUCACUCUUUAUUCACACUCUGUACAUAUAUGCUUUAAUACUACAAUACUGGUACAGCUGAGAACACAAAGAUAUCAAUGGAUCAGACAGAUGAGAUUUCUUGUUUUAAUGUUCAUGCACUGUUGAUUCAUUUAAAAUCUUCACCCUGUAACACACAGUGAUGGAUCCAUCAUGAAAAACCGUUCUGUGCAAUGUGUGGUGACUGUAAAAUGAGCUACAAAUAAAGGCCAAGGGCUGUGUACUGGGUUGAGUCAACUAUCUGUCUAGUGUCACCAUCGUUACCUUGUUUUCUUGUAUCUGUUUGUCCUGUACAGAUCAGGAGAAGCUGAUUCAUGCCUUCAUGUCCAAUAGACUCAACUACUGUAACGGUCUUCUGACUGG